CAUCACUCGGAUCACUCGCAUUGUCGCAUCGAGUUGCACCCCACUGCCGAGUCUGCACGUCUACGUAGCACGUACUACACACCAUGGCAGCCAUGCAGCGACUUGUGCUCCUUCUGUCCGUGGCGAUCGCGGCGUCGGCGCAGGGCCCGGCCGUGGCGCCCGCGGCGCCGACGACGCCCACGACCCCGGCGACGCCCGCUCCGGCGGCCGGCACGACGAACAUCACGGGGGUGCUGGCCAAGGCCGGGCAGUUCAACACCUUCAUCCGGCUGCUCAAGUCGACGGGCGUGGCGGCGCAGAUCGACAACCAGCUCAACAACAGCUUCGGCAGCGGCAUGACGGUGUUCGCGCCCACCGACAACGCCUUCACCUCGCUCGCCUCCGGCACGCUCAACUCGCUGUCCGACAGCCAGAAGAACGCGCUCAUCCAGUACCACGUCCUCUCCACCGCCAUCCCCAUGUCGCAGUUCGACACCGUCAGCAACCCGCUCCGCACGCAGGCCGGCAGCAGCUCGCCCGGCCAGUACCCGCUCAACGUCACCGCCGAGGGCCAGCAGGUUAACAUCACCACCGGGGUCGUCAACGCCACCGUCGACAACACGCUCUACACCGGCGACCAGCUCGUCGUCUACCAGGUGAACAAGGUGCUCCUGCCCAUGGCCAUCGCCGGGACGCCCGCGCCCGCGCCCGCGCCGCUCGCGCCCACCAAGACCAAGGAGAAGACGCCUACGUCGACGGUCGCGGAUGCGCCCGAGGCCGAAGCGUCGACGGACACGUCGCUCGCGGCGCCGGCGCGGAUCGUCACUGGGGGUGGUGUCGCGGUGGUUCACGUGCUUGCCCUCCUGGCCUGCGUCUGGUGGGGGCUGUGACAGCGCCGCGCCCGAUCAGAGUGUGAGCCCCAACCUGAGGUCUAGAUCCAUGCACGUCGAUCUUUUUUGCUCACUUUUCAAAGGUUGUUGGUCUUUUUCGUUUGAUUUGUUCUUAUUUCAGCUAAUUUUUAUACCUCUGUAAUUGCUAGGGACAUGUAAAGUGAAGUGUACUAUUACGGGAGUCACAUUUUUAUGUAAUGUUGUUAUUAAAUAAAUAUACAUAUUUUUGUA